AUGCGUGCGGCCGCAGCCCCGACGCCCGCGGCCGCGCUAGUCACCGCCCGAGCCCAGCCGGGCCCAGGGCCUGGGGACGCGGCGGCGGCGGCGGCGGCUGCUCCCGGGUCCUGGCCGCGCGCCACCUCCACCCGGCGCCCCAAACCGCCUUUCCCGGUGGGGACCCAAGUCCCCGCGCUGUGCCAGCCUCUCGGUGAAGCCGGCCUCUGCUGCCCGCUCGCUCGGGAAGCCCUGGCCGGAUCUGGGGCUUACAAGGGCCACUUUCCAGGUCCCAGGUCUGGCAACCAGGGAGCUCCCGGCGCGGGCGCCGCGAAAACCCGGAGAGGCUGCGCGCGGGACAUCCAUCCUCGCCAUCCCUUUUCUGCGGCUGGCCCAGCCACGAUUCGGCGCCGAGCCGAAGUUCGGCCAGCCCGGCCAAGAGGGGUCCCAGCCCUGCAGAAAGACCGAGGACGCAGCGCCAACGCCCGAACGCCGCAGGGACAAGAGCGCUCGCUCGGUGGGCAGAGCCGGGGCUCGGCCCCAGCGGAUCCCGGCGUGUCUCGGCUCCGCCUCCGGCCCUGGCCCCUUUCCCCGGCCCCGGCUCGGGUCUUCCAUGCCACUGUUUGGCUCGGAGAGGCCGGAGACGUGCUCGGUGCACCGGGGGCCGGAUGCGGCCAUAAAUCUCCAUGCGGGACCUCCUUCCCGCCGCUCACACGCGGGUGCUCCCGGCCGGCCCCGCGUCCGGGGCUUCACCGAGCGCCCCGCUCUCCCAGUCACAGCCUGGGGUCCCUGAGACUGCCCGGGGAGUCAAGCCAGGAGCUUCCCUGUUCACCAAAGAGAGGAACGGAUUCGCCCAUUCAGUGCCAUCACCUUCCAUCCCCACGGUCGCCCGGACCUCAGGCGGCCUGGGCCUCACCGGAUCCCGGCCUGGGGCUGGAAAUUUCUUUUGAUGCAAACUGGUCCCUGCUUCGUACCAGCUUUAACAGCCCUCUGACUUGGGUACCAUGGUGCCCGUUCGAUGGACAAGAAACCCCAGGGGAAGUGACAAGCUCACACAGCUCAGAAGUGGCAGCAAACACCCUCAACGAAGCCAGGCAAGGGGGUACAAACGUGGAGCCCCAGCAUCCCUGGGAGCCCCCAGCCUGACCAAGACCAGCUUAAAGAACUAUACUAACCCCCCCUGCCACCCCAUUUACUGCCCUUCCUCAUCCUCUCUACUCCCUGCUGCCUCUGUCCUGCCCCCGCCUAGGGGGAGGCGACAGAGGUCAGAGGUCAGUGGGAGUCCUUUGGGCCUGGGGUAUGGGCGGGUGAGGGGAGGCCUUCCUUGGGAGCAGGGCCCACAUUCUGCACUCCAGGGCUGGAGGGGGCUGCAGGCAGGAGUUCAGGGGAGCAGACCCCGGGUCCCGCACACCUGCUGUAGAUUCUGGCUCAGGACACACCUGGACAAUGACAUUUCCCAUCUCCCUGGGGUCUUCUGGUUUCUGACACGCACACACACCGCCCCGGUCUCUGGUGCCCUUGUGGGUGUUCUUGCUGUUGCUUGCACACACGUUCUGUCCCGUGCAUCUGUGUGUCAUGGGUACACUCACCACAGGCGUCCCUGCAACCCAGAGAAAUGGGGUGGUCUUCCUAAGGUCACCCAGCCUGGGUGGCAACAAGCAAGCCCAACCCGUUUCUGCCCAGCCCUCCACCUCCCGUGCUCGUCACUGGUGCUCCAGGGCCCACGGUGGCAUCGAGAGAGAGGGGACAGCAACACCCAGCCUCGUCCCAGGUGUCCUGGGGUCCUCCCACACCCACAGGCUCCCAGGACCUCUGUCUCUGUCUCUCACACACGUGCGCGUGCACACACACACAAUGUGUGUCUCUCUCUUCACCUCCCUCCCUCCCUCCGUCCGUCCCUCCCUCCCUCCGUCCCUCCCUCCCUCCCUCCGUCCCUCCCUCCCUCCCUUUUUUUUUUUUAAUUCUUCUUUGGCAUUUUCUUUCAAGCAGAAAAUAAAAACAUUUCCCAUGGCUACAGCUUUGAAAGCUUCCCUCUUCUCUCUGCCUUUCUCUCGCCCCCACCCCCAUGUGGAUCCAUUUCUAGAGUCAGCAGAAAGUCAAAAACAAACCCUGAAGAUCAAACCUGACAGCCCACUCCCCUCCCCGCAUCCCUCCACUUUCCCUGCAUGUCUUAGCCUGUCUCCACCCUGGAGAUGAACAGGAGGGAGCCCCCCCCCCCCCCCCCGCACAUGCACAAAUGCACUCCCACACCUUCUAUGGCCGCAGGGAGUCUCUUAAGAACCUUCUAGAGCUGCCCCUGCCAGAAAGGCCUGCUCACUCAGUUCCUCCUGCUGGAAGUGUCUGGGUUCUCCCUCACGCUCCCCUUUCCAGCCCUGCUCCAUCCAACCCUCCUCUGGAAGGCCGCCUGUUGUGGGUUGAAUACCCCCAAAAUUCAUAGAUUCAAGUCCUAGCCCCAGUACCUCAAAAUGUGACCUCAUUUGGAAACAGCCUCCUUGCGGAUGUCAUUGGUUAAGGUGAGGUCAUCCUGGAGUAGGAUGGGCCCCUAAUCCAAUAUGACCAGGGCCCUUAUAAAAGGGGGGCACAGACAGAUACAGGGGGAAGCCUUAAAAGACCGAGACGGAGACAGCCAUGUAGGAGACAGAGGGAGAGGCAUGGACCAGACUCCCCCACAGCCCCUGAAGGAACCCACCCUGCCCACACCUUGCUCUUGGGCUUUUGCACUGCAGAAUUGAGACAGUAAAUUUCUGUUGUUAUCCUGCAGUGACAAAAAUCCCCAACAUCUCAAAGGCUUAGCACAACACCUAAAAAUGUAUUCUCCCUGACACAUCGUCUGCGCUGGGCCCGGGCGACACUCCACGGCACCCAAGCCACUUAGGUUCCACGAGUUGUCGACCUCGAUGUGACACCAUCACAGGGAAGGGAAGAUUAUCCCACGGGGGGUAAUAAGAUCACUGGUGCUCACCAUCCAUGUGACCACACCCAAUGAAACGGUGCUAGAAGCUGGGUCUCCCCCAUCCUGUGCUCAGGAAGGACCGGAAAACCUAAGAUGGGCGAGCAUAGGCAAUGUCCACCGCAGCUAGAAUGUGACCUCUCCCGAUCUGUUAACUUUUUUUUUUUUUUUUAAGAUUUUUAAGUAAUCUCAGGACGCCUGGGUGGCUCAGUCGUUAGGCGUCUGCCUUCGGCUCAGGUCAUGAUCCCAGGGUCCUGGGAUCGAGUCCCGCAUCGGGAUCCCUGCUCGGUGGGAGGCCUGUUUCUCCCUCUCCCACUCCCACUUGCUUGUGCUCCUGCUCUCACUAUCUCUGUCUCUGUCAAAUAAAUAAAUAAAAUCUUUAAAAAAAAAAAAAAGAUUUUUAAGUAAUCUCUACACCUAACGUGGGGCUUGAAC